ACGCGGUCUGCGAGAUAUUCGCUCAAAGCGACGCGUGCGCACCAAUUAAAAGUUCUUUAACAAACAAGUGAAUCGAACUUAAAUUAAGCUGCUGAUAAGUGCACAUAAUUAUAAUUAUUUUUAAUAAACGGAUCGUUUGUAUUUUGAACGUUGUUGCCAAAUAAAUCAACGCACAAAUAGCAGGCUAAUUGUUUUUCAGACUCGAUUUUAGUUCGUGGCGUGGGUUUUCUAGCGUCUGUUUGUAUGUGUGUGUGUAUUUCUUGGCCUCAAACCGGUUCUCGCGCUCUCUUUGGCUACGCUCCAAAAAAUACAAAGAACUGCCAAACGGAACGUGGAAGUGCAAACAUAAACAAAAACAGAGCAAAAUAUUUGCACUCGGCGUCCACAAAAACAAAAAACAAAAGAAAAUAAAGAAAAAGUAACAGUUAUUCCGUACUCUGGCAAUGAGCGCUCGUUCUCCACACAGCGAUCCGGCGCUCGCUGGCCUCCCACAGCUAAUUGAGGAUUUGCAGCGGCUGUGCGAGGAUCAGGAUAGCGCCGAUGUCGUCUUCAUAUGCGGACGCGACGAUGAGAAAAUCUAUGCACAUCGAAGCAUUCUUAUGGCGCGCUGCAAGAGCUUCAAGACGGCCAAGAGGGGUGAGGUCUGUCGCAUUCCCAUUCCCGGCUGCACAGUGUCGCCGGCAGCACCUGGAACUGGAACGCCGACUGCUAUACGAUUGCCGCAUAUUAAUGCUGAACUCUUUCGACAGUUUAUCCUAUAUGUUUAUACAGCAAAGCUUAUGCUGCAAGAUUAUCGCGUCUUUGAGAUGUUAACUUUGGCCCAAGAUAUGGGUGUAUUUGAGUUGAGAGCUGCUUGUGAGGAUCACGUCAUUUCCACACUCUCUGUGGAUAAUGCGUGCACAUUUCUAACAGCCGUUAUGGAUAUACACGAAAAAGCUGGUGCCAAGUGCGCCGCUUCGUUUAUGGAACGCUGCAUCAUCUACAUUGGAGAGAAUGCCGGCGAGUGCGUGAAAACUAAUUCAUUUCUCACGCUCACAAAGGAGGCGCUCAUCAAAAUCAUUUCCUCGGACUAUUUCUGCUUGGAGGAGGAGGAGGUGUGGCGUUGUGUGUUAGCCUGGGCCAAAUAUCAGGCGGGCGUCACACAGCCGACAGCUCACUGGACCGAGGAGGAGCGUGCUCGCGUCUGUCAGCAUCUGAGCGGCGUGAUGGGCCAUGUGCGUCUGCUGCUCAUCGAUAGUCAGGUGUUUGCCGAGGAGGUCGAACCAACAGGCGCCGUGCCUAUGGAGUUGUCAUUGGAACGUUAUCGUUACGCCGCCUUGCAUCCCAAUAAGCUUGUGGACAACGAUAAACGACUGCAGCCGCGUCUCGCCGUCAACAUGUUUCCCGGCUCGCAAAUAUUGCGAAACGAUAAGCUCUCGCUGCAGGGCGUCCUCAAUGGCUGGCUGGGAGCACCCAAGCAGAGUUGGCGUCUGGUGUUUCGCGCCUCGACGCAUGGCUACGGUUCGAGUUCCUUUCAUCGCUACUGCGAUGGCGUCGCCCCCUGCAUGGUCAUUGGCUUGGGUGCCCAUGGCGAGAUCAGUGGCGGCUACACGGAUGUCGCCUGGGCCAAGAGCAGUCGCAAGGGUGGCUAUUUGCAUUCGGAACGCGCAUUUCUCUUUAUGCUGAAUCCACCCAACGGCGAGCAGCCCGUCAAAUUUGAUAUUGUGAAGAAACCCUAUGCCAUCUGCUACCAUCCUGAUUGUGGUCCCAUAUUUGGUGCCGGCGCCGACCUGCUCAUAUCGAGCAAUUGUAAUGUGAACACGGACUCCUACUCGAAUUUGCCGCACUCCUAUGAUGGACCCAGUGCCGCACAUCUAACGCUCUUUGGCGACUACAACUUUGCGAUCAGCGAUUAUGAGGUUUACACUGUGGCACACUCAACACACAGCCACAGUCACAGCCAUAGUCACAGCCACAGUCACAGUCACAAUCCGAGCCAGAACCAGAACCAAAGUCUGGUGAGCAAUGGCCAGGCUGGGCCGGGUGUGCCCAGUAAAACAAAAUAUGAUAGGUAUUAAGUUACCAAUUAGACAACCAUUCUCUUGUAUUAUGUAUGUAGUGCUCGCUGGCCAGUGCUGAUUGCUGCUUGGCUCUCAGCUGGCAAUAAAAUUCAGUUCGUAAUCCCAGAACAAGGUAACAUACCCAGAAAUGGAAAGGUAAUUAAUGAU